AAUUCGAAAAAUCGCUCAUUUACCCAACACUGCAAUCCUUACAGACCAUUGUUUUUUCCGUUUGUUAAUACAAGUUACUCACAAGUUCUCACUCCUUGUGAGAAAACAAAACUACUUAAACUUACGACAUACGUGUUGGUGAAAAAAUAUAAUGUUAAUAUUCAAUUCUAAUUCUGAUGUCAAAAAAGAACCUCAGGUACAAUGUAUUCAUCAGAGGAAAUUGAAAAAAAGAGACUUUUAGCUCUUCAAAAAAAAGCCCAAAAGUUACAACAGUUGGAAAAUAAAGUGCCUGAAAAAAGGAAACUAUCGUCAAGUCCUAUUACUACACAUAAACCUAAACAACCCCGUAUUUUUAAUACAAUAAAUCCAGAUAACUUUUUUGGAAAAUCUGAAUCUUUUAAAAUCAAUUGUGUUAUGAUAACUGAGGAUCGAUUUCAAAUAGAGGCAUCAUAUAACCAAGAACUUAUUAAAUUGUUUUACAAAAUUUCAUCAAAAAAAUAUGAUCCCAAAACCAAGUGGUGGAAUUUCCAUAUCGAUGACUAUAAUAAUUUAUUACAGGAUAUUAAAAUGGUAUUUGGAACAAAAAUUAUUAUAUCAUCUAUUCCUCCAUUCGUUUUACAAACUUUUCGCGUAAAUCUACGACAAAAAUCUGACGAAAAGCUGCAUAUCAGUAUUGAAGAUAAAAUCGAUAAGACAUUAUUAUCCCAAUUAAUGCCUUUUCAAAAAGAAGGAGUUAUGUAUGGAAUAAAAAAUAAUGGUAACUGUAUUAUUGCUGAUGAUAUGGGACUUGGAAAAACCAUUCAAGCUCUUGGUAUUGCUCACUACUUUCAAGAUGACUGGCCGUUAUUAAUUGUGACACCUUCUGUAGUGAGAUAUCAAUGGUCUGAAGCAAUUUUUCGAUUUUUACCGUCAAUUCCAGCUCAGCAUGUUUUUCAAUUCACUAAUGGAAAAGAUUGUCUUGGCAGUGAACGUGUUACAAUUGUCUCGUAUGAUUUACUAGCUAGACAUAUACAAACAUUUGAAAACAAAGUAUUUGGAUUUUUAAUUAUAGAUGAAUCACACUCUCUAAAAAGUUUCAAAACAGAAAGGACCAAAUCUGUUAAAAAAAUUGCUACACAAGCAAGACACGUUUUGUUACUCAGUGGAACUCCAGCCUUAUCACGACCAAUUGAACUUUAUUCACAGCUAUCUUUCGUUUGUCGGAAUUUCAUGAAAGUGCAUGAUUAUGGAGUUCGUUAUUGUGAAGGACAGCAAAAUGCAUUUGGUUGGGAUUUUAAAGGAGCUUCAAAUAUUAGAGAACUUCAGCUACUUUUGAAAUCUACUUGUCUUAUUAGACGAAUGAAAGGUGAUGUUUUAAAGCAAUUGCCUGACAAAAUAAGAGAAGUCGUAAUUCUUGAUCCUGGGUUGAUUAAAGUUGCUACAAAAGAGAUGGUAGCAAUGGCAGCCCAUCUUCAAAAAACUAAUGGUAUUGAAAGACAUGGUCUUUUAUUAAAAUAUUAUGCGGAGAGCUGUCAGCAAAAAGUUCUUGCAGUAGGAAAUUAUAUCAAAAAUCUUGUUGAAAAACAAAACAAAUUUCUUGUUUUUGCUCAUCAUGAAUACAUGCUUACUAAAAUUUGUAAUAUUCUCAACAAAAGUAAGAUUAUCUACGUUAAAAUUGAUGGUAAAACAAAAGCAGAAGAUAGAAAAGUAUUUGUGGAUAAAUUUCAAGAGUGUGAUUCUUGUUUGGUUGCUGUUCUAUCGAUUACAGCAGCUAAUGCUGGAAUUACUUUGACUGCAGCAAGUUUAGUUGUUUUUGCUGAGCUGUAUUGGAAUCCUGGGACUCUUUGCCAAGCGGAGGAUCGAGUUCACAGAAUUGGUCAAAAAAACUCAGUUGUUAUCCAAUAUUUAAUCGCAAAAGGAACAGUUGAUGAUUUUCUUUGGCCUUUGUUGCAGUCGAAAACAGAGUUUCUAGCUGAUGCAGGACUUAACCAGAACUUUUCGUUCAGUGAAACAGAAUUAACCCAUCAAAAAUUAACUGGGGAAGAUUUAGCAUUAUCAGAAAGUAUUGAUAAACAAAAAACACUGAAUGAUUUUGUGAUUUCGCAGGAGUUGCAAAUUAAUAUGGAAAAGAAGUUCUCAUAUCCAAUGAACGAAGUACCUCAAACUUCUACGUUCAAUUCUGAAUUAACUUCUGAAUCUAUGAAAGAUGAAAACUCAUCAUUAUUAACUGUAGUUCGUCCUAGCAUACCGGAAAAUUUGGGUCAAUUACUUGAUGAUGACGAUAGUAGUUUUGCAGAUUUCGAUCUUGCGAGUAUUUCCUAGUUUUGAAACUAUCCAAAUAUGAUUUUAUAUUUUUUUAUAAACUUCGCGCAUUAUUUGUAAGACCAUAUCUAAAAAUAAAUAGAAUAUUCUGUUGUUUAUUAAAAAUGUUAUUUCUUGAUGCAUCUUAAUGAAAAUAUUUUAAUACCGAAAUACUCAAAUUACUUUUGAUGCCAAAUAUAGGAAUGAUGAUGCUAUCCACGCUUCUGGUUGAAUGUAAGUCGCAUAGUCGGCGGAUGACUUUUCUGUGCUAAAAGGACACGCUUCGACUUCAAAAAAAUGACGAAACAGUUGCUGAAGCAACUGUGCCUGCCCUGCUGGGGAAAUUUUAAUUUCUUUAUUGAAAUUCGGGAUUACAAAUUUAUUUUAUUCUCUAUUGUUACAACUAAAAAUUAUUCAUCCAUUUUGUUUGUUCCUUCCAUAUUUUCUUUAGUAAAUUUAGUAUCUUUAAUUGGUUUUCUGAUAUUGAUGUAGGUAAAAUGUUUAUAGAUAUCUGCUUUAUUGACGUGCUUUAUCUCUCUUUAAUCAAUGCGAUUGAAAUGUGUCAGAGUGAGAUAAAGCACGUUAAUAAAGCAGAUAUCUAUAAGCAUUUUACCUACAUCAAUAUCAGAAAAAGCAAAAACACGAAAGUGCCAGUUUCACAAAAGCACAAAAGAGCUGUUCGAGAAAAAGAAAAAACCAUAAUAAUAACAUUCAACCAUUUAGCAUAUAUCAUCAUACAUAACCUUUUA